AUGAGCGUCUCCUUUUUUGUUCAGGAGGUGCGUUCAAACCCCGCUGUCGAUGCUGAAACAGCAGCUGUGACAAGUCUCAACACGCUCUUUCAUAAGUCAGGGCUGUACCUUUCUACGGCCUCCACGCAGCUUCACGUGACGCCAGAAGCGGUUUGUGUCAUUGACGCCCAGGACCUCUACGCAAUCGCACGAUAUGCCCACAUUCUUGUCACCAACAGAGAUGUGCAGUGUGACUUUAGUGCUCUUUCCAGUGUGUUGUGGAACCAGGUGAAGAAUGUCGGUGACAGGAUUGAUGUGUAUCUUCAUUUACUGGAGAGCGCGGGUCACGCACGACAGUCAAGAGCUGCGUUGGACUUGCAGCCGUUACAUCUUACGCUGCUGACCCACGCGCUCUACAUUUUACGGCAAAUUGAGGAGCCUCACGCAAGGCAGGAAGUACGAGAUGCAGUCAGCAUCGUGCAAAAGGAUGUUGAAAUGGUGGUGCGACUCGGAAAGAAACUUUUGCACGUCCUUGGUGACGCUUUGGACAAAAGUGGCGUUGCUGACAACCGUUUUCUGCUAGCAGCGGAGAUGGCUUUGUGCGCAGCGGAGAUGUUUGCUGCUUCCAUCGCGUCACGGAGUGCCAUUGAUGUGAGCCCUCUAAUCACUUUUUUCAAUUCAGAGGCCUCGUGGCGGCUCAGUGGGAUAAGUAUCGAGGCGACGGGAAGUUACUGUGGUGCACUACAUCGACUUAUUCGUACCCUCUUCGCUAGACAAAACGACUUCGAUGGUGUGGAACGCGUGACGGCGAAGCUGCUUGUGAACCGGCUGACGACGAGACCACCAUUUGACUGGGAAAUGUUCAAGAGAAUACACCCGCCGCACAAGGGGACCGUAACACCGCAGUACAUCGUCCUUUGCAACAUGAGUACCGUGCAACUCUGCAUUCGGAAGCUGCUGCUACAGAAUCAUUCCUAUGUAAGUGCCUUGAAGAAAAACUGUAUACGUCUCUUACAGGAAAUGAGUUCUCGAAAAGAGAUGCUUUCCUUCUACCAGGUCCCGCUGCUUGCCGCGCUUCAAGGAAUGCCAGAGUUUGAUCUCUCUGACGAUGCGCAGCUGCAGCUACGAGCGGUGGAAACUCACCUAGGAAAUAAUGAACAGAUAAUGCAACCCAACUUUCUUCGGAUUCUGAUGGCGUAUGGAUACACCGUCCCACAUGAGCAACACAAUCCACUAACCCGUGGGUCUGUUCUCUCUCUAUUUAGGGCUGUGACUGAGCAACUUUUCCAACUCCCCAUGAUUCAAUCUGGUAAUGUGAACAAAAUGACCCACACCCUUUUGCAGCCACCUGUCCCGACACUGUCGUUUAUUCGCCUAGUGGUCGAGGCAUCAUCCAAUGAUGUGGAAACGGCUUCUGAGGUUCUUGCCGAGAUGAUGAAGGUUCUCACAACGAUGUAUGAGGCGAGCGUAGCGCAAUGUGAGCUCUACCAAACUCCGGUGCGGGUAUCCAAACCGCUGCGGCGAGUCCUUGCACUUACGAUGACGUUAUUGUUCGAGUUUUUUAGAUUCCCAUCGUUCGUAAAGGCUGUCAACCACAUCACCGCAUUGGAGGCGCUUGCGAGGAUCUACGCCAUAGCGCGAUUGUACGUAACUGCCGAAAGCAAUGCAACUGAGACUGAGAGGAAAAGCGCUAUGAGAUUACUCGUGAGGAUGGCCGCGAAACUUGUUGUGGUAUCCGAAAGCAUGAAGGUGCCGGAGGUGAACACAUUUUUCGUGGAUUCCCUUUUGCCACUCAGCUCGAUGGAGUCGCUGACACACCGUAACCACCAACAGUAUGCACUGCUUGAGGCAUACCUAAGAGCAUUUGCCUCCGGCGCCGUUGUGACGGUGAUGGAGGAGGAAACACUGCUGAAACAUUGGGUUGAUGUCUCACUGCGUUGCAUUACAAAUCGCCUUAGUGGCGCGUUAGCCGUGGCGGGAUUAACGUUUCUUUCCGCCGUUUUCCUGUCGAAACGGGCUGUCGCCCCUCUUUUUGUACCAACGUACGUGGAGUUGAUGGUCCCCACUUCGCAGCCUUCGCGUUAUGGGGAGCCGCCCCUAUAUUUGACGCGACGCUUCGCUAAAACUGUGCGCGCGUGUUGUCAGGCGCUCGAGGGUUGCGAUGAGCGUGCGCUGGAAGAAAUUAUCCAUGAUCAAAACUCAUCUGUUGCCAAAGUUGUAAGGGAUAUGUUUGGAAACGACAAGAAUCUAUCGUUGCUUGAAAAUAUCCGGCCUAUAAGUAGUAUACUUUUAGUUGUUUCAUCACUGUUUGACAAAGUGUGUGCUCUCUUAGGGAAUACGGCCGGACCCGCCCUUGCCACCACUCAAGACCGAUUGGCCAGGUUUCAGGUAUAUUACUCAGCGCUAAUUAACCUUCUACAGUGCCGCAGUACUGCUGUACUACAUCGAGUGUGUGCUUCCGUAGAAGCCGUAAUGUUGGAGCAGCUUCGUGGUGUACCAAGUGUGCAGGCACAAUGGAUUAAGCACAUUGGAAACAUUGUUGAUUCACUUCAGGGAAUAGGAAAGACAGCUGUUGCAGAGUGGUUUCUCGUUCUGAGUGAGAGGACAAAGAAAAUGAUUCCGCACGCGAGGCUGUAA